AUGCAGAUCGAUCGCUCGGCGUCUGUGUGCCCCCCGCGCCGCGCGAUGUUUGGGUUGGAUGGGAUGGCUCGCGGACGCGGCAAGCUGCAUCACCGCGGUGGCGGUAGCGUCCACGCCGACGCGUCCAACUUCGCCAGCGGCGUCACCAAGGAGCAGGCCUACGAGCAGGUCCUCCUCCAAGCAGAGGGCCUCCUGUACGAGCAGAGAAACUGGGUCUGCAACCUCUCCAACACGGCCUCCCUCCUCUGGCACGCCUACCACUCCCUCCCGGCCCCCUCGACCUCCGUCAACUGGGCCGGCUUCUACGUCCUCGACCCCUCCGCCCCGCCCUCCAAGCCCUCCCUCAUCCUCGGCCCCUUCCAGGGCAAGGUCGCCUGCCAGACCAUCCCCUUCGGCCGCGGCGUCUGCGGCGCCGCGGCCUCCACCCGCCAGACCCAGCUCGUCCCCGACGUCCACGCCUUCCCGGGCCACAUCGCCUGCGACGGCGACAGCCGGAGCGAGAUCGUCGUCCCCGUCGUCGCCGCGGACGGCAGGCUCGUCGCCAUCAUCGACGUGGACUGCGCCGAGGUCGACGGCUUCGACGAGGUCGACCGCGCGUGGUUGGAGAAGCUCGCCGCGCUGUUGGCGAGGAGCAGUGAUUGGUGA